CCGCCCCCGCCUCCACCAGUUCUCAGUGCGCUCCAUGCUGCGCGGUCCCUGCGCCCCCGGCUCCAGGCUGCGCCCCCCGCGGACUUGUCAGGACCCCCAGACUGAUGCCAGGUGCAGCCCCCCGGAGCACAGUUGCUGUGGUUCACCCUCGGCCCUGGCAGUGAGGAGGAUGAUCUCUCAGUGAUGCUGCGCUGCUGGAUUUGCGCCGGAGCUUCCAUUGGACGAUAGACGUGGCGUGGCGUUCCUCCAUCAUGACCAAGCCAUGGGCGCUCUUCUUGUCGCUACCGACCAUUUCUAUUCUCCUCCUCCAAACGGUGACCCUCCGAGUCCGAGCAGAUGAUCCAGAAAUGGAGGAGCAAUGUCUGAAGAGGGAGCACCCCAUCCUUACCUUCCAGGACCUGAAGCCUUGGUUGUCCAACUUCUCUUAUGGCGACGCGCAGGAUUUCUCGCAGAUCGCCCUCGACCUCAACAGGAAUCAGCUGAUCGUAGGUGCCAGGAACUACCUCUUCAGGCUCAGUCUGUACAACGUCUCCCUCCUCCAGGCGGCAGAGUGGAGUUCAGAUGAAGACACCCGCAGAUCGUGUCAGAGUAAGGGGAAGACGGAGGAGGAGUGCCAGAACUAUGUCCGGGUCCUGAUCGUCACCGGGAAGAGGGUCUUCACCUGCGGGACUAACGCCUUCUCCCCCGUCUGCACCAGCCGCCAGGUCGGGAACAUCAGCCGAGUGAUCGAGAAGAUUAAUGGAGUUGCCCGAUGUCCGUACGAUCCGCGCCACAACUCCACCGCUGUCAUCACGGCCCGCGGCGAGCUCUACGCGGCUACCGUCAUAGACUUCUCUGGUCGGGACCCCGCCAUCUACCGCAGUCUGGGCAGUAUCCCUCCCCUCCGUACCGCACAGUACAACUCCAAGUGGCUGAAUGAACCCAACUUUGUGGCCGCCUACGACAUCGGGCUCUUCACGUAUUUCUUCUUCCGGGAGAACGCGGUGGAGCACGACUGCGGGAAGACGGUGUACUCACGUGUCGCCAGAGUCUGUAAGAACGACUUCGGGGGUCGUUUUUUGCUGGAGGACACGUGGACGACCUUCAUGAAGGCGAGGCUGAACUGCUCGCGCUCCGGGGAGGUUCCCUUCUACUACAACGAGCUGCAGAGCACCUUCCUCCUCCCCGAGCAGGACCUCAUCUACGGCGUCUUCACCACCAAUGUAAAUAGCAUUGCGGCCUCCGCAGUCUGUGCCUUCAACCUCAGCGCCAUCACUCAGGCCUUCAACGGUCCCUUCAGAUACCAGGAGAACCCCCGCUCCGCCUGGCUGCCAACGCUAAACCCCAUACCCAACUUUCAGUGCGGUAUCCUGAAUGAUGACAGCCCCAAUGAGAACCUGACGGAGCGCAGCCUGCAGGACGCUCAGCGCCUCUUCCUCAUGAAUGACGUGGUGCAGCCGGUGUCCGUGGACCCUCUAGUGACGCAGGACAGCGUGCGCUUCUCCAAGAUGGUGGUCGAUAUCGUGCAAGGAAAAGAUACUUUGUAUCAUGUCAUGUAUAUAGGGACCGAACGCGGCACCAUCCUCAAGGCUCUGUCCACGGCCAAUCGCAGCCUGCGGAGCUGUUACCUGGAGGAGAUGCACAUCCUGCCGAGCGGACAGCAGCAGCCGAUCCUCAGCCUGCAGAUCCUGCACAGCAACCGAUCGCUAUUCGUGGGUCUGAACAAUGGCGUCCUGAAGGUUCCCCUAGAGCGAUGCUCCAUGUACCGGUCCGAGGGGACCUGUCUUGGUGCCAGGGACCCGUACUGCGGCUGGGACAGUAAGAAGAAGCGCUGCAGCACCCUGGAGGACAGCUCCAACAUGAGCCUGUGGUUCCAGAACAUCACAGACUGCCCGGUUCGUAACUUGACGGUCAACGGAGGACUGGGGUCCUGGUCAGCCUGGCAGCCGUGCCAGCACUCGGACGGAGACUCCACCUGUCUGUGCCGCUCCAGGACCUGUAAUAACCCCGCUCCUCGCUGCGGGGGGCGUGAGUGCGAGGGGUCCCGCAUAGAGAUCGCCAACUGCUCACGGAACGGCGGCUGGACUCCAUGGUCGUCCUGGGCGCAGUGCAGCACGUCCUGCGGGAUCGGAUUCCAGGUGCGGCAGAGGACGUGCAGUAACCCCGCGCCGCGGUUCGGAGGGAGAGUGUGCGUGGGGCAGAGCAGAGAGGAACGGUUCUGCAAUGAGAACAGUCCCUGCCCGGUCCCCAUAUUCUGGUCUUCCUGGGGUUCGUGGAGUAAAUGCAGCACAGACUGCGGCGGAGGCGUCCACUCCAGACAGCGCACCUGCGAGAACGGAAACACCUGCCCCGGCUGCGCUCAGGAAUUCCGGAUGUGUAACUCGGAGGCGUGUCCUGAGGUGCGCAGAAAUACCCCCUGGACGCCGUGGAUGACGGUGAACAUCACGCAGGGCGGGGCUCGCCAGGAGCAGAGGUUCCGGUACACCUGCCGCGCUCAGCUCUCCGACCCCCACGAGCUGCAGUUUGGGAGGAAGAAAACGGAGACGCGAUUCUGUCCCAACGACGGUUCUGCCGUCUGCGAGACCGACUCUCUUGUGGACGACAUGAUGCGGAGCGGUAAGACCCCGGCCCGUGUGGUCAGCGGCGGCUGGAGUCCAUGGGGAGGAUGGUCAGCCUGUUCCCGGGACUGUGAGAUGGGAUUCCGCUCCAGGAAAAGAACCUGCAGUAAUCCCGAACCUCGGAAUGGCGGUCAGCCCUGCAUGGGGUCUGCAACGGAGUUCCAAGAUUGUAACCCGCAGCCGUGCCCAGUGAAGGGCUCGUGGUCCUGUUGGUCAUCGUGGACUCAGUGUUCUGCCACAUGUGGGGGUGGACAUUACCAGCGCACACGUACCUGCACCAACCCUUCCCCAUCCAAUGGAGGCGACAUCUGCAUCGGCCUACACACGGAGGAGGCGCUCUGUAAUACCUACCCCUGUGAAGGUGGUUGGGCAGAAUGGUCAGAAUGGAGCAUGUGUCACGAAGACGGAACGCAAUAUCGAAACCGCUACUGUGACAUCCACAGCCCCGGGCCCACGCAGUGUCUUGGAAACAGCACUCAGUACAGAGACUGUAUAUACAAUGAGAUCCCAGUCAUUCUGCCGGCUUCAAGUAUUGAUGAAAACAAAGAAUGUGGAGGAUUCAGCCUCAUUCACCUGAUAGCCACGGGGGUAUCUUGUUUCUUUGGCUCCAGCCUCCUGACAUUUGUCAUCUACGUUUAUUGCCAACGGUGCCAGAGACAGUCCCAGGAGUCCACCGUGAUCCACCCUGCGACCCCCAACCAUCUCCACUACAAGGGCAACUCUACCCCCAAAAAUGAGAAAUAUACUCCCAUGGAGUUCAAGACACUCAAUAAGAACAAUUUGCUCCCGGACGACCGAACCAACUUUUACCCUUUGCAGCAGACGAACGUGUACACGACCACGUACUACCCGAGCACGCUCAGCAAAUACGACUUCAGACCGGACUCCUCCCCGGGCAGAACUUUCACCAACAGCUGAGAUCCGGCCCGGCAAGGACUUCACGUCGUCACACUGAGGAUCCAUCUCCUUCCCCCUCACACGCUCCAUAAAUACGGCUCAUUCUCGGCCAUCACCAAACGCCGGCCCGGACCUACCAAUCCUCCUCUGUGAACUCUCGUGGACGCGGCACUGGAGUCGGGACGCGGCGGUAUCUUCAUGGAGUAAUAGUCUGAGGCUUCUGUUUACUUGAAGAUGAAGAAGCUGCUUCUGUAGACAUCCGGGAUAAAUACAUUUUUUUUAUUUCAAGAAUCUUCCUGGAGUUUUGCAGAAGCGUUUGUCGCAUUUGUUGCGUUCAUUCACGAGGAAUUUGCUUUUUCUUUUUUUUUCUUUCUAUAAGCAAAGGAAAUAACCCGAUACACUGAAUGGCUUUGUUGCUUGCAUGACCAACUCCUACACGUUGCGGCGGCGCAGCUCUUGCAUCAUUCCUGGAUUGUACCAACAGCCUUAGUCGCAACCGCCGACUAUUACGGAACUCUUUGAAAUGACGUUCGUGUCUUGCUAGAAGUGGGACGCGUUCUGAAUAGACUAUUCUUCGCAGCCUCUAACAAGUGUCCAAAUUUUCCUCGUUGAGAGAUAUAUAUAUAUAUAUUAGAUCCAUUAACACCUGAAAUAAGAGGCCGAAUACGUCCCGUCUACAGGUGUCCCGGGUCCUAGAGGUCCAGGUCCCUGUAGAUCAGACAACACUUAACCUGACCUACAAAACGAACAAUCAAGUUGGGUUUUCACCGACCAAGGUUUCACCACAGGUUUUCUUCUGUUCUGAUGUUAUUACUUAGAUCUAUAGCGUUUUAAAUCAGGGUUUUAUUAGAGAGCAGACAGAAUUCUAGGUUGGCUUCACCUUGGUCACCACUCACGCCCCAUUGCUCUGUGUAUCCGUACACAGCCUGAUGGGGGGGGCUAGAUGCAUCCAUGGUAUUAAAGGGGUUAUCCGGCUAGAGAGCAGCACCCGCUACUCUUUGUUUCUGGGAGUGGAGACGUGACAUCACCCCAUGCCCACUGUUGCUGUCCCGCCACGCCCCCUCCAUUCAAGUCUAUGAAAGGGGGCGUGACGGACUGGAGACGUGACGCCAUGCCCCCUCUAUUCAGGUCUAUGAAA